AUGGCCCUUCCAAGCCCAGAAGUGGCAGCGGCGGCGUCGAGAAAGGACACUACCCCGGGAGACCAUGGCGGCUUCCAGACGUCGCAGGAUAGCGUUGACGGUGCACUCGAGCCUCGCUCCGGAAACGAGAGCCCGGAUGAGACAAAAGCGGACAGCGUCCUCGUCGAUUGGGACGGACCUGACGAUGCCGCCAACCCAGUCAACUGGCCGGAUCUCAAGCGGUGGGCUCACAUCAUCAUGAUAUCCAUACUCGGGCUCAUUACAAACCUUGCGCCGACUAUCUGUGCACCAGGUAUCAGGGGCAUAGUCGCCGAUCUCGACAUCACCUCCGAGACAGUCAGCACACUUGCGGUCACCUUCUACGUCCUCGGCAUCGCGCUCGGCCCCAUGGUCCUAUCUCCGCUGAGCGAAGUCUAUGGCCGCUUGCCGAUCUACCACGCUGCCAACCUCGUGUUCGUGGUUUUCGUCAUUGGCAACGCCCUGAGCACCAACGUUGCCCAGUUCAUCGUCUUUCGCUUUAUAUCGGGGUGCGCCGGCGGCGUCCCGAUGGCUCUCGGUGGCGCCUCUAUCGCCGAUCUAACCCAGCUAUCCAACAGAGGGCUGGCCAUUACCUUGUUCAGCUUGGGUCCGCUCACUGGGCCGGUGCUUGGUCCGCUGAUCGGAGGCUUCAUCGCCGCCACGAAGGGGUGGCGCUGGGCUUUCUGGGUGUUGGCGAUUGUGGGCGGUGCUGCCGCCGUUCUGUCCCUCGCUGUAUUGCGCGAGACACACCCGCGGACGCUGCUGGAGCGCAGGGUUCUCGGCAGAGCCUUGACUCGCCCGACUCUGCUCCUCGUUCGCUCGCCCGUUGUGUUGAUCCUGUCGCUCUACGUGGGCCUCGUCUUCGGCAUCAUGUACCUUCUGUUCACAACCUUCACCGACGUGUUUGAAGGACAAUACGGCUUCACGACCUCGACAAGCGGCCUGGUGUACCUUGGCUUGGGCAGCUCCAUGGUCGUCUCGGUGCCGAUCUUCAACCAGCUGAAUAAGCGUAUGAUUGCGCGGGCUACCGCUCAAGGCCUGCCUGCGCCAAGUCCUGAGUCGCGUUUGUUGCCCAUGAUCUGGUUCAGCCCUUCAGUGACCGCGGGUCUCCUCCUCUACGGCUGGACGGUCGAUUACAGGGUGCAUUGGUUUGUCCCGAUUAUCGGCACCGCCCUCUGCGGUUACGGGGCCUUCUUCGUCCUGAUGCCCGCCCAGCUUUAUAUUGUGAAUAUGUUCGGCUCGGAGGGUGCGGCGUCUGCACUGGGUGCGAACCUGCUCUUGCGGUACAUCUCGGGCACGUUUUUGCCACUUGCCGGGCCGAAAAUGUACCAGACGCUGGGAUACGGCUGGGGCAACUCACUGCUGGGCCUUCUUUCUCUCGUCUUGCCGUUUCCCGUCCUCUUCUACAAGUACGGAGGAGUGCUCCGCUCCAAGGCUCCUCUUAGCUUCCGGGCUGGCGCCGUCUGA